CAAACCAAACGCAACACAAACAUUCCAGUUAUAUCUCUCUUCUUCCGAGUAAAAUCUCCCACAAUUAUCGAAGCUCUCAACAAUGGCUGUCACGAAGCAGCAAAAGGUCGCCGUCGCCGUCGCCGGAGGAGAAGCUCUGAAGAAGAGGAACGAGGAGCUGGAGAGGGAGCUGAGAGAGAGCCAGGAGAGAGAGGAGCAGAUGAAAUCGGAGCUCUUUAGAACCUGGGACAGGCUCAGAGUCGCCGAGGAGGCCGAGGAACGCCUCUGCUCGCAGCUCGGCGAGCUCGAGGCCGAGGCCGUCGAUCAGGCGCGUUCCUACCACGCUCGCAUCGUCUCUCUCAUGGACCAGCUCGCCCGCGCCCAGCAGCUCCUUCACCAGGCCUCUGUUCCGAUUCCUCGCUCUUGAUCUGCCAUCGCCGAUUCCUCUGCUCAAUAGGAUUUUGAUCACGAGGAUCGCUGUAGAAUAAAUCUUAGCCGUCCGUUUUCUGCCUCCGAUUCGUUUGUUUCUGGAGUUUUAGUUCUUGAUUUCUCGUUGUUCUGUAUCAACGUCUGUGAUUUCUUUUAUGAUCUAUGAUGAUCUCAGAGGUUGUGAUUCUAGAAACUAAACAAAAGCUAUUCAUAUCAGUUGCUUGUAAAUUGUCUGUAAUCUAAAAGAAAUUUCCAAAAUUUUGGUUCAUAUUC